AUGGCUGACACAAAGACGUGCGACACGGCCGAGUUCCCGUGCACGCUCACACUCAACAUCCCCUUCCCCUCACAUCGCUACGCCUCGACCGCCGAGCGCGCCCUCUCUGUCGAUGCCGAACUGUCACCCCUCGUACGCCGGUCAUUCUCCCUAGCGGGCGAUAAAGAGCAGAACAUCUUGCAGGUCAACUAUGCUGCGACUACGAAUCGAAUGUUGCGCGUUGCUGUGAACGGAUUCUUCGAGAGCGUGGGCGUUGUGAUCGGUGUCAUGAAGGAUUUGGACGUCGAUGUGGUGUAUGAGCCGGUGAAGGAGAGCUUGGAGGGCGUGCAGGGAUUGGUUGUGAACGGACAGGAAGGGAGAGGAUGA